CAAAGAUUUUAAUCAAUGAAGGCAGAACAAUAACAAAAGGGGGCAACCAAAACUGUGAAGAAAGUGAAGGUUAAUAAGAAAGCACCAGUUAGAUUAUGGGUCAAGGCUGCUUUCACUGGUUUCAGAAGAUCUAAAGUUUAAUAAAAUGAGAAUUAGGCAUUGUUAAAGAUUUAACAUGUCGAUGAUGUUUCAUCAAGCAGAUUCUAUUGGGGCAAGAGAGUAGCUUAUAUCUACAAGGCUCACUCUCUCAAGAACAACACUAAAUUCAGAACAAUCUGGGGUAGAAUCAGCAGAUCACAUGGAUCAAAUGGAGUUGUGAUUGCUCGUUUCAAUAGAAAUCUUCCACCAAGAGCCAUCGGAUCUACUUUGAGAGUAUUCCUCUAUCCAAAUAGGGCCUGAUCCAUUAUAUUAAUAUGUACAUUUAUUUCCAGAAAUUAAAUAAACCAAAUUUAUUUU